CCGGCCCGCCUGCCCGGCCCCCGCCCGGCCCCCGCCCCGGCCCCGGCGGGGGAGGGGUCUCUGAGCGCGGCCCCUCCCCCCUGCGUCCCGGCCGUUGCUGCGGUGCCCCCACCCCUCGUGUCCCUGUCUGUCCGUCUGUCCGCGCCCAGGCCUCGCCCCACCCCGGCCCCCGGGGCUGCCUGGCCGCUCCCCCCCCACCGCAGCCGCCCCCCCUCCCUCUGGACCAGCCCCCGCUGCAUCCCGCGAAGCGAGUGGAGACGCCACCGCCCCACAACCAGGACCCGCACCCCGAAAUUGGGGAGCCUGCACCCCGAGAUUGGAUCCAGAGAUCUGGAAACCUGAGCCUUGGAGCCUGAUUUGGGGCUGGGACCCCAGGACCUGGAGCCUGAACAGCAGUAUUUGGGGCUGAAAUCGCAACAUCAGUCCCUGGGACCCCAAGAUUUGGAGCUGGAACCCCAAGAAUUGGAAUAUGUACCCCAAUAUUUGGAGCCUGAACCUCGAGAUUUGGCAUCUGAAUCCCCAAAUUUGGAGCUGAGCUCUGAGUUCUAUGCCUGGGACAUUCAAAUCUGGGACUGGAUUCUCAUUUCUACACCCUGGAGCCUACUAUUUGAGACUCGAACCCUGAAAUUUAGGCCUCAGAGACCAAGAUCUGAACCCUGGCAUUGCAAAGGGCCUACCUGAGUUUGGGCCUGAAAUCCUUGCUGCUAAGCUGAAUGCUGAAAUUUGGGGUGAAUCUUGACUCAGCACCCCAAUAUCUAAACCCAGAACCCUAGCAUCAAAUCCCAAGAUUGGGCUUGGGACUCAGAUCUUGGACUCUCCAUCUGUCUGUUUAGCAUCUCGAGGCUGGAGCUGGGAGACGGUGACUCCGGGCAACCCAAAUUGGGGCCUGGGUCCCUAAAAUUGGGCCCUUAAGAGGCCCAAUAUUUGGAGAUCUAAGACCCUAAGUAUCAAGGUCUGGAGAUUCUUUGGCCAUAAAUCUGAGCAGAGACACAACAGACAGAGGCUUUGGGAGCAGGGAAGGCAUGACCAGGCACCCCCUCCAGAGCCCUGACCCCAGACCCCUCGGAGCUUGAAGAUUCUUGCUCCCUGGGGCGGCUUCCAGCUCAGGGAACAGAUGUCCCUUCACAAGAGUCUACCUCGAACACUGUGGACAUUUGGCCAGCCCUGCCCCUCUCUGACCUCCUCAUCCCCAGCUGAUGGCAUCUCCAGCAGGUCGCCCCUGCCCGCGAUGGCCGUCCUCCCGCUGCUCCUCUGCCUGCUGCCGCUGGCCCCUGCCUCAUCUCCACCCCAGCCAGCCUCACCCAGCCCGUGUCCCCGUCGGUGCCGCUGCCAGACACAGUCCCUGCCCCUAAGCGUGCUGUGCCCGGGGGCAGGCCUCCUUUUCGUGCCACCCUCGCUGGACCGUCGGGCGGCCGAGCUGCGCCUGGCAGACAACUUCAUCGCGACUGUGCGGCGCCGGGACCUGGCCAACAUGACAGGCCUGCUGCACCUGAGCUUGUCCCGCAACACCAUCCGCCAUGUGGCUGCCGGCGCCUUCUCAGACCUGCGCGCCCUGCGCGCGCUGCACCUGGAUGGCAACCGGCUGACCUCGCUGGGCGAGGGGCAGCUGCGCGGCCUGGUCAACCUGCGCCACCUCAUCCUGAGCAACAACCAGCUGGCGGCCCUGGCGGCCGGGGCCCUGGACGACUGCGCCGAGACACUGGAGGACCUCGACCUCUCCUACAACAACCUGGAGCAGCUUCCCUGGGAGGCGCUGGGCCGCCUGGGCAAUGUCAACACGCUGGGCCUCGACCACAACCUACUGGCUUCCGUGCCCGCCGGCGCCUUUUCCCGCCUGCACAAGCUGGCACGGCUGGACAUGACCUCCAACCGCCUGACCACCAUCCCGCCGGACCCGCUCUUCUCCCGCCUGCCGCUGCUGGCCCGGCCCCGCGGCUCGCCCGCUUCCGCCUUGGUGCUGGCCUUUGGCGGCAACCCCCUGCACUGCAACUGUGAACUGGUAUGGCUGCGGCGGCUGGCGCGGGAGGAUGACCUGGAGGCCUGUGCCUCCCCGCCGGCCCUGGGCGGCCGCUACUUCUGGGCAGUGGGUGAGGAGGAGUUUGUGUGCGAGCCCCCCGUGGUGACCCACCGCUCGCCACCCCUGGCCGUGCCUGCUGGUCGGCCAGCCGCCCUGCGCUGCCGGGCGGUGGGGGACCCCGAGCCCCGCGUGCGGUGGGUGUCACCCCAGGGCCGACUGCUGGGCAACUCCAGCCGAGCGCGCGCCUUCCCCAACGGGACACUGGAGCUGCUGGUCACCGAGCCGGGAGAUGGUGGCAUCUUCACGUGCAUCGCAGCCAACGCAGCUGGCGAGGCCACGGCUGCUGUUGAGCUGACCGUGGGUCCCCCACCGCCCCCUCAGCUAGCCAACAGCACCAGCUGUGACCCCCCGCGGGACGGGGAGCCUGAUGCCCUCACCCCGCCCUCUGCCGCUUCUGCCUCUGCCUCUGCCAAGGUGGCUGAGGCUGGGCCCCCUACUGACCGUGGUGUCCAGGUGACGGAGCAUGGUGCCACAGCGGCUCUCAUCCAGUGGCCAGAUCAGCGGCCUAUGCCAGGCAUCCGCAUGUACCAGAUCCAGUACAACAGCUCAGCCGACGACAUCCUCGUGUACAGUCAGUCCUGGAAAUCCAACAAGCUUUUCUCCAUUCCAUUUCAAAGACAGCCAUCCUCAGUCGAUUCCACAGAGGGCCCACACCUGAAAAUCACACAAGUCCCAUCCACCUUGCUGGGCGAGAAUGAUCCCGGCCGAGAGCAGCUCCUUCCUGUUGACGGACCUGGCGUCAGGCCGCACCUACGAUCUGUGCGUGCUCGCCGUGUUCGAGGACAGCGCCACGGGGCUGACCGCCACACGGCCGGUGGGCUGCAACCGUUUCUCCACCGAGCCGGCGCUGCGGCCCUGUGGGGCCCCGCAUGCGCCCUUCCUGGGCGGCACCAUGAUCAUCGCGCUGGGGGGUGUCAUUGUGGCCUCCGUCCUGGUCUUCAUCUUCGUGCUGCUCAUGCGCUACAAGGUGCACGGCGGCCAACCCCCCGGCAAGACCAAGGCUUCCGCGCCUGUCAGCAGUGUGUGCUCCCAAACCAACGGCGCCCUGGGCCCCACGCCGGCCCCGCCAGCCCCUGAGCCCACUGCACCCAGGGCCCACACCGUGGUCCAGCUGGACUGUGAGCCGUGGGGGCCCAGCCACAAACCCAUGGGACCCUAGCUUCGCGCCCACCUCUACGGCCCAGAAGGGCCCCCCCGCCGGGGUGGCAGGACCCAGACACCCCGUGGGACCUGGCCUGGGACUCACCAAAUUGCUCACGGUUUUUAAAACUCUGACGGGGAGGGUGUCGGGGGCACCGGGCACAACAAGAAAGUCCUAUUUUUCUAA